AUGUCUAAACUUCCAGGAUUGUCGGGUGUAAUAGCACCCACUGAGCAGAUUCACGAGAAAGGCGCGUUGUCCGAUGAGAUCCGUCAAGUGACCGAAACGGGCACCCACACCGGCAUUCACCAACGUGUAUGGGGUUUGGAAGCACGUCUCGAUCAGACCGUGACCUUCGAAGAAUACACCUAUUGGGCCAAAAUUGAGCGUGAAUUGGAAGAUGAAGAACACCGUCGGGGUACAGUUAUCACAUCUAGCGGUGGCGUUUUUGGAUACAUCAAGGGUUUAUUCCUCAACAAUCCUUUGGAUGAUGCCAGAGUCCACAACUCGCGCGAGUUGCAGAGCAAUGAAGAAUCCACUCAGUGGUCCGAAAAGAAGACGGAUAUACCUAUCAAUAAAAACGAGAGAUCCGUCAGCCCUAUCACCCCUUCUAAUGUUCACGACCUGGAUGCGGAAUGGCGACAGGCAUCUAGAGCCCUGCGCAACGCUAGCUGGGGAGCUAUCUUCUACCUGAUCACCACCGAUAUUCUAGGCUGGUCCCAGACCCCAUAUGUCUUUGCAAAUACAGGAUAUGGACUUGGGGUCGGUAUUUUUGUCCUGAUGGGUCUUGCCGCCUUUGCAUCUGGAAUAAUGAUCUGGCGGACUUUUCUCGGUCUCGACUCAUCCCGAUUUCCAGUUAUGAGUUUUGGUGAUCCGUUCUUUCGUCUAUACGGCCCCAAAAUGCGUCAUUUUAUCAACUUCAUGCAAUCUCUCCAGAUGUUUCUGAGUGUUGCUGUCGUUCUUCUGGGUAACACGGGUAUUAUUGCCCAGCUUUCUGGAAGCGUCAAUCUGUGUUAUGUUGUUUGCGGUAUCAUCUCCCUUGUCGUCGGCAUGGCGAGUGGCUACAUGCGAUCCCUCAAACAUCUGGGCUUUUUUUGCAAUUUUGCCGUGUGGAUUAACAUUGUCACAUUUGUGAUUAUUUGCGUUGCCGCAGCUAAAUAUGGCCCCGAUUCUACCGCUGCUGUCCAGAAUGGCAUUUUCCCCAAAUCGUGGGCCAAUCCAGAUACUAGACCACCACCCAUGACUUUUGUCGGCACCCCACCAGCGAUGUAUCAGCCUACCGACUCCAACCUAUUUGCUGCCCAAUUCAACGGUAUCAAUAGCAUGGCUUACCUGUACCUAGACGCGUACUCCGGGGCUGUUAUGUUCGUCGCUUUCUUGUCCGAGAUGCGACGUCCCAUGGACUUUUGGAAGGGUUUGCUUGUUGCACAGACGUUUAUCACCGUUGUCUAUGUCUUCUUUGGUGCUUUCGUCUACAACUAUUACGGCCAGUACAGCUACAGUAACGUCAAUCAGUCUGUCAAUCCCGAGAGACUCCAGGUUGUCGGAAACGUCCUUUCCCUUCUGACGGGUUGGCUUGCCAUUUUCUUGUACUUCAAUGUUGGUAUGAAGACUGUUUACCUCGAGAUCGGACAAGAACUCUGCGGUCUCCCACCUAUUGCAUCAAAAAAGGGCAAGUUCUUUUGGUGGGGUCUCGGUCCAGUCUACUGGAUUAUAGCCUUCAUAGUCUCCAUGUCUGUCCCCCAAUUCAGUGCCUUCACCAACUUUGUCGGAGGAUUGUUCAGUCUGAACUUCACAUACUCCUUUUCUGGGAUCAUGUUUCUGGCGUACAAGAUUCAAGAUGGCGCCAGACUUCCCCAGGAAGGGUUUGACCCUGUUACUGGCGAGACCACUCGCUUCGAUGGUGGAAUUAGAAGAUGGACUCGUGGAUUUAUCAAGACCUGGUAUCUCAGCGUGCCGGUCCUGAUCUAUACUCUUUGUGGUCUUGCAACAUCUGGGAUGGGUACUUGGGCUGCCAUUUCAGCCCUGGAAGCAGCAUUUGGCCCCGGUGGCUCGGUCGUCACAUCCUGGACCUGCGUCAACCCCUAUGCAUAA